GUUCUGAAACCAAGGACAUAACGCUGCUACUAUCUACUGCCUCGUGACCCUGCCUUAUUUAUUCUUACCGACCCACGCACGGCUGUCAUACACGUCGCGUGACCGUUCCCCCUGUUCUCCGGCCUCCGUGUUCAGCUCGUUCUUGCUGCAUCGGCCAGCUGCGACAGAGCUUCUGUUCACAACCGCACGCUAAGCAAGCAUCGCGGCAGCCGCGGACGCUAUGAGGCUCGCCCACGCACGCGGCACGGAAAGGAGUUUGAACUUGCGGUAAACAGCUUAUCACCUGUCUCAGCCUCCAGCCAGCAUGUAUUUUAGCCAGCAGCAGUCACAGCAGUCGCAGGGUCAGCACGACCGCGGCCAACGCCCCGGCAGCGGGGGCGAGCCCGGUGCGGGUGGCAGCGGCAGAGCGGCCGCGCCCUUUCGGCCUUUCUCGCAACUGCUGAACCAGCAGCGCGAUCAACAGCAGCAGGCUCGCAGCAGCCACCUGCGAGCGGGCGUAGCAGCAAUCCCGCCGCGGCCGCUCUCGGCCUCGCAAGGCAGCUACACAUCCAUGUCGGGCUCGCAGCAACAACAGCAGCUCGACACCUACUUCGGCGGCAGCGCUGGCGCCACGGCUACCUUUCAGGCGGCCCGGUCCGGCGCUGCUGGUGGCGCCGUCCGCAGCGGCACUCAGCAGGCGCACCUCCACGCAACGGCAGUGACCGGCGUCGUCAUGACCUCGUCGUUCGGAGUUGCUGGCGGCCUGUCGCAGCCGGCGCGGCGCCACACGCCGCCGCCGCCCACCGCGCCGGCGGCCCAAAUGCAGGCGGGGCGGCCGCUAUCCGGCGGUAGCGGCGGACGGGCCUGGCCGCCAGCUUCCACUACCCCAGCACCACCACCACCCCCAGCCGCAGGUGCUGCUGCUGCUGUUGCUCGGGGCCGACCUACAUCCGCGCCCGCCCGACCCACAUUCGCACCGCUGGUGCUGCGGCCGUCAGUGCUACCGAUGAAUGGUGCCGGCGGCGGCGGCGCGGCCGGUCGUGUCGCUGCAGGCGUUGGCGGCGGCAGCGACCCCGCCGGCUAUCUGCUCGCGGGGUUCUCUCUGUCGCAGAAGCACCGGAGCCUGGAGUGCACCGAGUGGCUGCCUGGCUCGCAGGGAGCGGCGGCGGCAGGCGCGGAUGCUGGCGGCGACUACGGCGAUGAGUCAUUCAUCAUGUACGGCGGUAGCCAGCACGAGCAGCCGCCGUACGGACAGCAGUACGACCAGGGCAGCCAGGGCGGCCUGACGGCGGGCGGGCGCAUGCAGGGCAGCCGACCCACAUGCUCCACUGGCAGCGGCGGCCCGCCGGAGGCCCGACCCAGAUCAGCGAACCCGCUGCAGAUGCUGGCCACGCAUUCCCAGUCGCAGCAGCAGGCGCCGCUGCCCUCUCAGGUCCACAAGCAGCCAGCCCAGCCGCACCCGCACCAUCACCACCAGCAGCAACAGCAACAGCAACAGCAACAGCAACAGCAACAGCAACAGCAACAGCAAGACCUGAUACACGUGGAGCCCAUCCAGCUCUCACAGCAAAGGUAUGAUCUGCCGCCUCCGGCGCCUCCAUCAGCCGCCGCCACUGCAGCACAGCAGCGGCACCAGCACCAGCACCAAGAGCAGCAGCAGCAACAGCAAGCCCAGCAGGGGGACGCAGGCGUCCUGCUGCCCGAAGGCGGUGGCAGCGCCCCCAAUGGUGACCUCUCCGUCCAGGACGCCGCCCCUUCAGCCCCGCCGCGGCAUCACCAGCAGCAUCACCAGCCGCAGAUGCUACAGCCGCAGGCCUGGGCGGAGCCGCAGAGCCAGCAGAUACGCACUCAGGACACCCAGCAGGAGGUGCAGCAGCCCACGCCGCCGCAGGGCGAUGCGCAGCACCAGCAACACCAGCACCAGCAGCAGCAGGUCACGCCGCCGCCGCAGCUGCAGCAGGCACUGGCACUUGCGCCCGCAUCCGCCGCGCCACUGCCACACGCGCAGCCUCCUGAUUCCAAUAAACAGACUCCUGCCAUACCGCGGUCAGACGAUGGCGACUCGGCAGGGCGCCACGCGCCCACACCCGGCACUGCCGCCGGCAGCUCUGCCCCUUCGCCCCCGGCGCCGGCCGCGGCUGCGGCCUGCGCCAUCACUCCUGUUGCGACCCCUGUUCCAGUGGGUGCGGCAGUGGCGGCGGCAGCGGCCGCCGCCGCCGGUGGCCCUGUGCCUGUGUUGGCCGCGGAGUUGGAGGCGCUGCGGGCAGCGUUGGCGGGCAUGCAGGCUAGUUGCGCGGGGCUGACGGCGCGGCUGACCCACAUGGCGGAGAAGGCCGACCGCACAGAGGAGGUGGCGGCGCUGUGCAAGCAGGUGUCAGUCGCGCUUCCCAGCGUGAGCGCCUCGCUGCUUCAGCAGGGCGAGCUACUGCAGCGCCUGCUCGCGGCGCAGCAGGCCGCAGCGGACGGCGCCGCCGCAGCCGCAGCCGCCGCUGUAGAGCGGCGCUGGGAGGAGCUGAGGCAGCUGCAUUUCGAGCAGCAGGCACAGCAGCUGGCGGAGCAGCUUCGGCUACAAUUCCAACAGCAGCAGCAGUCGAUGGCGCUGCUCCUACCGUCGCCCGUCAUGGCGCUGCAGCGGCGCGAGCAGCGCUUGCAAGCAGUGCCGGCGGCGGCGGCGGGAGCAGGGAGCAUGGAUGCUGGCGUGCAGACGUCGCCGUCCGUGGUUCCGCGCAUGAUGCUGCUCACCGCAGCUGGCGGGUCUGGCGCUGAUGGCGGAGAUCACGUCGCGGCGGCGGCCCACGGCCGCGCUGCGCAGGCGUGCCGCCGCGACCGGGGCGGCGCCACUGACGCUGCUGGCGCGGCUGGCAUGCAGGCGGCGUGCCACCUGCAGCAGGAGCAGCGCGAAGAGCACGAGCAGCAAGAGCAGCACCACAUGACCGCCACAACCAUCACCACCACGACUGUGUUUGAAGAGGCGGAGGAGGAGGAGGCGAUGGAGGCGGAGCAGCGGCCGCGGCAGAGCACCGGUGCCGGAUGGCGAACCCCGGGCGCCAGCCCCUCCAGUGAUGGCACUGGAGGCAGCGCUGGCGGUUCUGGCGGCCGCCGCGUGCGCUCCGUGCUGCGGCGCCGCGUGCACACCACCACGACCACCACUACCGCGCACCACCACCAGCAGCAACAGCGCCAGCAGCGGCUGGUCAAGCAGCAGCUGUUUCAGGACGGCGAGGCGGAGAAGGAGAACUGUGUGUCGCGACAGCCUGCCCAUGGCCCUGCCCUGGCCCAGGCGCCGCAGCCGAUGCAGUACAAGUCCGCUCCACAGGAGGUGCAGCAGCAGCACCACCACGAUCAGCGGCAGCCAGACCCACAGGAGGCACCUUACCAGUAUGACAUGGCGCCCGCUGCUGCUGCUGCUGCCGCUGCCCCCGCUGUCGCCGCCGCCACUGGCCGCGGCCGUCGCGGCCACGGUGCGAGCGCUCCUGCAGUGCCUCCAGCGCAGGCUCCACUGCUGCUCGCGGCGCCGGCGCCACCUGCGCCAGAGCCGGAGCCGGCUGCCGCGGCGGCAGCGACUAGGAAGCGAGGCCGCGCCGCAUCCAAGCUGCGCCAGCCGCCCGCGAGUGCGGCGCAGCCGCAGCAGCUGCCAGCUGGGCCCAAGGCACUCGUCUCCAGCGCUGGCGGUGGCGACAACGGUGCAUCGCCGCCGCUGGCGUUGCGGCGGGAGCGGCGCGCCCGCACAGCGCGCAAGCCGGCUGAUGAGUCGCCCGCAGACGCUGCGCCCGGGCCCGCUUCGGAAGCACCACAGCGAGAUGGUGGUGACGGCGGCGGCCGGCGCGGUGCCUCCAAGGCCACUGCUGCGACUCAGCAAGCUGUGCUGGUAACAACAGGCGAAGCCCGCGCUGCUGGGCAAUCGCCGUGGCUGGCGCAGGCGCUGACCGCGCUGCCAAAGCCAAUAACGCAGCAACAGAUGCAGCAGCAGCAGCAGCCGGCGCUACCGCCGCUGGUGCUGCCGGCAAAGCGUGCGGCGGCGCCACCCGCAAAGGCCCCGCAGGGCGAAACGCCCGCACAUCGCGCCGCAACGGCAGCCCCGGGUUCGGCACCGAAGACGUUUAAGCGGGGCGCGGGCCCAGCCGCUGCCGCUGCGCCGGCAGCAGCAGGCCAGCAGCAGCCGCGGGGCAGGCUUGGCCGAAUGGGUUCGGCGUCCGCAUCUGCAGCGCUGCAGCAUCCUGAGCGUAACGGUGGAGGCCUUGGCGGCAGCGGUGGUGGCAAGACGUCGGCUGCUGGCGGUGCCGAGGCAUGGGGUGUCGGAGAGCCCCCGUCGGAGCAGACGAAGCUGCUGAAGACGCAGGCCCCGGCACCGCCGCUACGUCAGGCUUCGCCAGCGCUUGUGUUGCUGGCGCCGGCGCAGCAGCAGCUGCAGCAGCAGUUGCGCCGGCAGAGCGGCACGUCAGCCGAGACAACCACGGUGGGCAUCAGCGCCGGCGAGGGCGGGGCCAUGGGCGAGGGAGCGGUGCUGACGCAGAUGCCGGUCAUGCCGCGCUUUGCCUCGGCCCCUGUGUCUGGCGCCGGCGCCGGCGCCGGCACCUCAAACCGCCACUCGAUCAAGGGUCCCGGCGUGGGCAAGUUUGCGGCGCCCGCUGGGCGCAGCAACACUGCCGCCUCGGGCCUCGUGCCGCCUUCGGCGGCACCAGCUGCGGCCGCUGCGCCGGGCGUGAUGCUACUGCCCAGAGCCAUGAGUGCGUCGAUGCCCCCUGUCGCGGGCGCCGGCGGCGGGGCGGCCGCGGUGGCGGCCCUGGGCCCUCAGCACCAGGCGGGUAACGGCGGCACGGGGGGCGGGGAGGGUGACCAAGAGGAUGAGGACGAGUUUGCCCGUGCCGUGGCGGCACGCAUGUCUCGGCACCGGCAGAAGCGCAUGCGGCUCAUGUUCACUGCUUCACAGCCCGCAGAGGCUUACUUCUGAGGCGUGGACGAUGCUACAAGGCAAGCGAGGUAUAGCUGAGUCCCGAGAACAGGAGUGGAAAGAAAGCGGCAGGGUUGGGACUGUGGACACGUACGCACGCUCACGCUUUUCUUUUUGCUUGUGCUAGCUUACUGGCCUCGGCUCUACAACUUCAUGUUCGCUUGUGCGUGUUGCGUUUUUUCAAGCACGUCAAUACAGCAGAUAACCGUGCGACUAGGCGUGUGGGCUGACGUGAUGGUGUGGUGAGCGGAGCACUGUUGAAAGGGAAUCAAGGGCGGAUGGACAGGAUGAACAGCCAUGCCAGCGGGCCUGAGAGGUGUGGAAGCGCCUUGGCAUACGGCAUACUGUUUUAUUUGGCAGAUAGCGUGCCUCAAUGUGCAGCAGGCAAGCCAGAAGGCACAAGGGAGGCUGCUGGUGGCGUGCAGCCUGUGCAUGCCAGCCAUGGCUGAUCACUCAGCCGGUUGCUUCCCUUACUUGCCCUGUCACAUAGUAGCCAUGGCUGAUGAUUAGCCAGGAUCAGCACAACGAUGUACGAAGACUUCACACGGGGGGAGACGCCAAUGCGUGUCUGGCUGAUGGUGCAAACGGUGCUACUGCUGCCUCUAGAUAGGGAAACACCGUGGGCUGGAUGGGAAGCUGCUGCUGCCUCAACCGUAUACCGAUACUGUAU